UUAUGACGUUUUAUGGCGGUAAAUUAACAUAAUCGUGAUUCGUGUCCCAUACCCCAUAACGUCCAGCUGUCCAAUAGUAGAAUUUUAAAAGACUUUCCAGUUUCGAGUUUUCCACCUGAUUGUUUCGUUUCUCAGACCUAUGUAAAUGCAUACCAAUUACCACUAAAUUCACUAAUUAAUCUGAUCCAAGCACUAUGAGCUUAGGACUAUCUCCAGGAUGUUUAAACGAUAUGACUAGUUCGAGCACUGGUAAAAGAAGUAUUUUAAAGGGCUAUGAAGAUCUCGGAGUGACUCUACUCGAAGAUAAUCGGAAUGUCAAAAGAUGUCGUUACUUAAAUCCUAAUAACAAGAUAUGGCCUAUGGGUUAUGGUCUAGUUACUUCUUUAUACAAAUAUAGAGCACAAAAAAAACCUGUUAUUCAAAAUAAUCAUUUUGACACAGUACCAGAGGAAGUCAUAUUGCAUCUGUUUAAAAUGUUGGACAAACACACUCUGACCAAAUGUGCUUAUGUUUGUCGACAAUGGCGUCGUAUUGCGUAUGACGAAUCACUAUGGCAGAGUUUAAAUAUUCCAUAUCGUCGGAUGAGUAUUAUGGCCUUGGAUAAUAUUUUAAGACGAAAUGUAAAAUUCUUGUCGAUUUCCCAUUCAAAUAUUUAUGUUGAUAUGAGAUAUGUUUUUGAAACAUCGUUACCUAAAUUACAAUAUUUAGACUUGAGCGCAGUGUUUAUGCCCGUUGACAUUCUGAAUUCUCUUUUAAGUCAAUGUCAAAAUUUAAUCAAACUAAGUUUAGAAAACUGCUAUAUCGAUGCAAUGUGUUGUGAACGAAUUGGACGAAAUAGUAAAUUAAAAGUGUUGAAUUUGGCUUCAACCAACGGUCUCGAUAACGAUGGAAUAAAACACCUAUUGAGAUUAAACAACUUGGAGGAACUCAACGUAUCGUGGGCUCAUAUGAAAGAUGACAAUUUGCAUUACUUAGUGGCCAAUAUGAUACAAAGUAUUAAACGUCUUAAUAUAAGUGGUUUUCUAAAACAAUUGACAGACAAUGAUUUGAUAUCGUUGGUUUGUCGUUGUCCUCAACUAAUUGAAUUAGAUAUUAGCGAUAGUUUAGCAAUUACUCAAGAAAGUGUGGAUUUCAUAUUGAACAAUCAGCCGCUUUUGAAAGUAUUGUCUAUGAGUCGUUGCUACAAUGUUGGAAUUGGGUUUUUGCAACCAAGAAUGCUAAGACUUAAGACCGGAGACAACGUACACCGGCUGAAAGAGUUGAACAUGUUUGGAAUGACCAACCAAACAUACAAUUAUCUUUGGACUGAUAUAGUUGAUCUCGACGUGAAUAAGAAUAUUUUCUCGCGUAUCGCUCGUCCUAAACCGGCUGACGACGAAUAUACGAUUUGGGAGAUUCCCGUUUAUAUAGACUGUUAAUUUAAUAGUUAGACUAUGAUUCUUUGCAGAUAUUUUGUGAUACAUAAUUUAAAAUGUUAGGCUAAAAUAAUGUGUCUUUAAAGACAUCAGUUUAAUAUUCCAAACCAUCCUUUGGAAAAUAAAACACUACUAUUACAUAUGUAUGUAAGCUCAUUUAAUAAUUAUUUUAUUAUCGAAUGAUUCAAUUGUUAUUGGGAAAUAUGUCUGAUAAUUUAAACCAAUUAGUUAUAAGUUGACAUGUGGACUGAAUUAGUUUCUUUUUUUUUUUUAUUGUUUAGUCAUGGAAAAGGGAGUUGAAAAGUUAUUUGUAUUAAAUCACUCUAUUAAAAAUAUUAUAUAUAUAUAUUAUAAUAAUCUAGAAAUAUAUUUAUAAAAAGAAAAUUGUUCUUUAUAUAGUACCCAAAAUGUGGA